GAUGAGAGAGAACUGAAAAGGCAGAGAAGAAAGCAGUCAAACAGGGAAUCCGCCCGGCGAUCCAGGUUGCGCAAGCAGGCUGAAUGUGAGGAGCUGGCCCAACGCGUUGAAAUUUUGAAAGAAGAGAACACCACUCUUAGAUCUGAAGUAAGUUGUAUCCGCGGCGAGUAUGAGCAGCUUCUUUCACAGAAUGCUUCACUGAAGGAGAGACUCGGGGAAAUCCCUGGAGAUCAAGAAGAUCCAAGAACUGGCAGGAAUGACCAACAAUCUGGCAAUGAUGAUCAACAAGCUGAGCAAACAGAACUUGUGCAGAGUGGUCAAUAAGACCAGCAGCACUGCUUCCAAUAUAUUUUCCUGGAGCAUUACCUAACCCAUUAGCAGAAACCAGUUAUUUAAGUUUUUUUUUGUUUUCAAAAGAUUCGACAUAGCUGACCUUUUGAAUCUUGGGUAUCUGUUUAUACCAGAACUGUAUACUCCCUCACUGUCGUUUGAAAGUAUCUUUAAUAGUUGAAGCCCUAGUAGGAAAUGUAGAUGGUGGAACCGGGAACCUUGUAUUACAUUUCUGUGUGAGAGGAAGGGUAGCAGCUAGAUCAUCUUACCCACCUGUAUUAUUAUAGUUAAAGCAAUGUGUAACCAAGGAGACUGAUUUAAUAAACAACAAAUAUUAUGUA